AUGUCACGACUAGAUAACGUGGAUGCACUUGAAAAACAGUUAGCUGAAUUGCAAAUGGUGAAAAAUAUAAGUUCACCAGGAAAAGUGAAGAAGAUACCACCAGCUGUGCCACCCAAGAAGAAAGCGCAACCCCAAGUUCCCCACAGUUCAGCUAUCACUGCUAUAAAAGAACCUUCAUAUUCGUCUAAGAUUGCACCACUACAGAACAAUGUCGUGCCACCUCCACCACCAACUUACGGCAAUGUUCCAAGAUUUAUGAGUAAUGUUCACCCAUCACAUAAAGAUUAUGCUAAUGUGAAACAACUAGCUUUGCCAAGUCAUCCAGUUAGGCAAACUUUACCGCUGCCACCUAAAGCUAUCAAUCCGCUGAAUUAUACUAACAUGCCAACAUAUCAAGGCUGCCCCCCACCCCCUCCUCCGCCUCCCUUUUACAUGGCGCAGUCUAAAGCUCUAGAUUCAAACCAUAAUAAUGAGGAAUACUUACCACCACCAUCGCCCGUCAGUUCAAACUACAGCGAACUGAUGCAAGCAACUGCUAACAUAAAUUAUAAUCAGGAUCGACAAUCAUAUCCAGCCAUAUAUCAGAAUGAUUACCCCGAGUAUGGAGUGUCACAAGCUUCAACUUAUGAAUCACUUUACGAACCCAUUAAUCCUCACCCAGCAAGUGCGAGGCAAAGCAAUAAUAAUAGAGAAUUUAAAGGCAACAUUCAGCCAAAUAAAGGAAAAUCUCCGCUGGCUAAGGAAGAAGAAGUUGAUGCACUGACAAACCUUUUGGUGCAAUCUAUAUCUGAUAGUCAAGAUUUGGAUGUAUUUGGCACCUGUGUCAAAUGUAAUCAAAAGGUGAUCGGGGAGAGUUCAGGUUGCACGGCAAUGGGUAACAUGUAUCAUAUCCAAUGUUUCAGCUGCCACAGAUGCAACGCCAAUUUAAGAGGUAAACCGUUUUAUGCCGUCGAAGGAAAUCCUUAUUGCGAGACGGAUUACUAUGAAACUUUGGAGAAGUGUUCAGUUUGCGAGAAUCCAAUUCUGGACAGAAUUUUGCGAGCAACUGGCAAACCUUACCACCCAUCUUGCUUUACCUGUGUUGUAUGUGGUAAGAGCCUUGAAGGAAUACCGUUUACAGUGGAUGCGAUGAAUCAAAUACAUUGUAUUGAAGAUUUUCACAAGAAAUUUGCUCCUCGCUGUUGUGUUUGCGAGUUGCCGAUAAUGCCUGAGGAAGAUAAAGAAGAAACCGUAAGAGUUGUUGCUGCCGAUCGCAGUUUCCAUGUCCUGUGUUACAAAUGUGAGGAUUGUGGCUUGUUACUAUCAGCUCAAGCGGAAGGUCGUAAGUGCUAUCCACUCGAUGGGCACAUCUUGUGCAGAGCUUGUAAUGCUCAUCGUAUUCGUCUUCUGACCAAUGUUAUGACUACAGACCUCUAA